GGAAGUGGUCGCCGUCGGGUGUCGGAGGUCCUUGCAUUGUGUGAUAAUAUCGGCGGCAGAGUAUCCGGCGUGGCCCAAGAAUUACAGUAUCUAUUGAACCCUUUUGAGUGGUAUUGAGCUUCUUUGGUGAUCUAGAUAACUUGGUGCGCUGAAGUCCAGUUGUUUAGUCAUAUUUUGUAGUAACCUGUGUCAGCAGAAACGUUAUUUGUAUCGUUGGACUGCUUAGCUCGUGGGUAUGAAUCUGACAAGUACUAAGGUAUUGUGUGUUAUUGCAUGCCUAUUGGUAAAUGUAGCUGUAUGCAAAAAAUCUGAAGAGGGCAACAAACCAAAAUGGGCAAAGAAAAAGCUUCAAGACUACAAUGAUGUUGACUUGGAGCGGUUACUGGAUCAGUGGGAGGAGGAUGAAGAGCCACUGCCUGAUGAUGAGCUGCCUGAACACCUCAGAAAGCCUGAACCCAUGGAUCUUUCAAAUUUGGACACUUCAGAUCCUGAAAAGCUUUUGAAGCUCACAAAGAAGGGGAAGACACUGAUGAUGUUUGUGACUGUGGAUGGGAAGGCAGAUCGAGAGGAAACAGAACGGAUCACAACCCUGUGGCAGGGAAGCCUGUUCAACAACCACAUUCAGUGUGACAGAUUCCUUGUCGACGACAGCAGGGCGAUCUUCAUGUUCAAGGACGGCUCCCAAGCGUGGGACGCCAAGGACUUCUUGGUGGAACAAGAAGGGUGCAAAGAAGUCAGCAUCGACAACAAGAUCUACGAGGGCCGAUACAAGCCUGAGAAGAAGAAGAAGGCGAAGGUGGAGCUAUGAUGACCCGCAUGCAACGGGUGAUGUUGUGGGGUGACGUCACAGAGAGCGGACCCAAUGGUGGAUCGAGCGGACCCAAUGGUGCGCUGCGCCGACAGGCGGCGCAGCGCACUCUCGCCGCCGGGACAGGCGAACGGUGCCAACGGAGGAAGGCACCAUGCGCCGCGUGAAGGCUCUCGGUGCUCAUGUUGAGACUCAUUGCGGGGAACAAUCGCGUAUUUUGUAAGCGUUUUGUAUGAUGCAGUUGCUUGUCCCUCAUCGUUGUUUGCCAGAUCGGUUUGGUUGAUGUUUGGAGCCGCUGUUUUUUUUCUUGUCAUACCGGAUGAUUCAAGAUAACGUACUUUAGUACUUAUUCGACUGAAGAAGUCUUCAGUGAUACUGGGUUGUGGAAGGAAUUAUAAGGCAAGAGGCCCUUCCUGGAGAGCACCCUUCUCGGAGGAUGCAUGGAAAUGUUACGUUCGCACAUGGCAUAAGGAUCUGACGGUAGGAAAUACAGGGGUCGGGAGAUGGUUC